GUCGCAUGAUAUAAAUAGUGCGAGAGCAAGUCCCAUUGCGCGAAAGGGGUGAAACUAAGUCCCGGAUAGCGUACUCACUCGUGAUGUCCGGUGUGCAUGCGUGUGAGGACAAUAAAGGGAGGGCGUGGUAGGAGGACGGGGUCAGCUCGAGAUGGCCUUCCUUCGCUCGCUCUCCGCGCUUGUCGCUUGCCUCAGUCUUGCGUGGACCAGCAAUGGCCAGGGACCAUAUCCGGGCCAGAUCAAAAACUUGGUAACGUUCGGUGACUCCUAUUCUGAUGUGUAUGUCCCGGGAGACAACGGCACCUCAUGGCCCACCUACGCAGCGAUGUAUGGCAACUUCACGCUGUACCCUUUCGCCAAGUCUGGAGCAACGUGCUCAAACUACCUGACCUACAAGCCGUUCCCACCCGUCUUCGAGUAUCAGCUCCCGCUGUACUUCACGGAGAAGUACAACGGUUCCCUCGAGCUUGACCCGACAAGCACCAUCUACACGCUCUGGAUCGGGACAAACGACGUCGGUGUCAACGCGCUCCUGACGGGGAGACAGACUCCAGGAGUCACGCUCUGGGUGAAGGUGUUGUACACCAGCGGCGCCAGGAACUUCGUCUUCCAGAACAUGCUUCCUCUUCAAGAUACUAUCCUGUACUCGGCUGACUCCUAUCCCAAUCGGUACUGGACUGCAGAGCGGAAUUCAACAGAGUGGAACGUGAUGAUGACCGAGAUCACGAACACCGGAAACGCCCUAGGAGCACAUCUCGGUUACUUCAACUCGUUCGGGCUUGUGGCCGACAUUCGUGCCAAUCCCCAGAACUACCUGAACGGCACCGCUCCGUUGAACGUCACCGGAUGCAUCAAUUCGUGCGUAUACCAGUUGAACGAGAACACUGCGGGUCCGGUGACUUGCGACGUCGCUGAAGGAACAGCACGGGACAGCUUCCUGUGGUACUCGGUUUCAGGUAUGAUGAAUUGCACCCGUCCGAGCAGACCGACAGGGUCAUCGCCAGAGAGAUUGCGUCAGCUAUUGUGCGGAACUCGACGGACUGGAUAACUUAGAUCCAAGGACUAGGGUAAUAUAACAAGACAAGCGCAUGAGCGUUCUCGGCACCUGUAUCGAAGCACCAGCUUCCUGGCG